GGAAUUUGGGUUAAGGUGAGUCUGAAAGAGGAGAAAACAUCUAGUGGAUAACCAGUCCCAUGUAUCUCAACAUGCUAAGUGCAACCCAAGGAAGUCCAGAGCUUCUUUCUACCAACUAAGCCUGGCACUCCACUUGUUGGCAAGGGCCAAGACUAUAGCCUUUCCCCUUUGGAUUUUGGAUCACUACUGCUGACUCUGUUAGCCUGACCAGCAGAAGUCAUAGUAAAUAUUUUCUGUACAAAAUAUUUGCUUCUGUGCCCUUUAUCCUAUAGUCUGUGCCCUCAUAGGCCAUGUCCCUGGAUGCCAUAUCCACAGCUAAAGCAAACAUUGUUAUUACCCAGGGCAAGCUCCUGAAAUACCCAUCUUAAAGAAUACAUGAUGUGCAUGAUGAGGUACAUAGAAGGUGGGUGGAGGAUGAGAGGAAGAAUAUGGAGAGUGGGUCAAGAGCCACUGAAAGGAGGUGAAAGCACUGAUGAUGGUCACAGAAGAAAAAGAGAACAUGUGAGGAGGAGAAGGAUGGGGAUGGGACCAGAUGGGGCCUUCCCUGACCUCCCAUUUAUCAGAAGACCCUUCUCUUGAUGUGAUCUCAUGUAACUGGAGGACCAAGGCAACAAAAGUGUCAGGUUCCAAGGUGAGCCAACUAUUUAUUGCUUUGUCUAUUUAGCAGAUUUUCUCCUCUCAGCAGACGAACCAACCUCCCCUAAAAAGCCAAAGAGCAUUCCUGGACCUUGUGAUGUGGAUGGCCAGAGGGUUUUGUUCCCUGCAGAAUGGACUUCUGUGAAAAUUGGCCCUGAGGGAGAAGGGAAUGAAGAUGGCAUCCUGGCCAUUUGUGUCAUGGUCAACAGCGAUGGCAGCAGCUCUGAGACAGAGUCAGAUUCUGGGGGUGAUUCUUCCAAUACACAGUUUAAUGAGGAGAGAGCAUCCAGGACUGAACAAUUUCCCUGCUCAAAGCCCCUCCAACGUCAAGUUUCCCUGACCAUCCCCCAGACCACAAGGACGAGCAUUGGGUAUCCUGAAGAGUCAAAGGCAGUUAACGCUCUGCAACGGGCCCAUAGCCUCCAGCAUCCAGCUUCAAACAGACACCAAAACUGGAGAAGAAAAUUCCAAGCCAAUCUGACAUCACUGAAUGGUAAGAAAUCCACACUAUCUUCCAAAGACCCAUAUUCUUCCUCAGCUUCUGGUUCUGGGAAUCCUUCUGGUGAUGUGCCCUUGCCUCAGGUAUGACCACCGAGAUGUUUAUGUGAUACCCAUUCUUUGCCUUUCAUUGCUGUCCAGGCAGAGUGAACAACCCAGAACAAUAAGGGGGAAGAUAAGGAGUUAAUCUCUAACAUUCAUUACUAGUGUAGCUUUGAGUCAUUUUAUUCAGUUCCUCUGCCCACCCACCCCCACCCCCAAACAUGCACAGAGUUGACACCAGUAUUAUUGUCUUAAGACAAUAAUCCUUGUGGUAAGUUGUCUCUGAUACAUAUCAAACAAAACAUUCUUUCUUAUAGGAACCAUAAUGCAACAAGAUACUUUUUAAAUCCUCCUUUCAGAUGUCAAGGGCGAUAAUUAUCCUUCAAAAAGAUCAAAGACCCCCAAACUUCUAGAUGAUAUGAUUUGCUGAGCAUUGACCAGCAAUGGUGACUUUUUGAAUAAUGGGACAAAUUCAGGAAAAGAAAUCAAGAAGAACUGAAGCAUAAGAGACGAUCACUGCCUGAUGGGAGAUUUGGAUUGAGACUUCCUUGUCUAAGGAAGAGACCUUUGCCCCUUUCCACCCUUCCAGCCCUGCCCUCACAUGUCUGUGUUCUGUAUGUCUACUCCUGUAUUUGGUAUCUAUCCCUGCCCUCCUCCUAUUUUCUCCUCCUGUGUUUAUGUCCAGCCCCCAAUGUUCUUCUUCUCAGUCCCAUCAGGCUCCAGCGUGGCUAACCUCAACUUGUAUGUGCUUCUUCCUGCUCUCACUUCAUCAUCAGAGCAUGGCAAGAGGCCCUUUUUCUGUCUCUUUUUCUCCCUUCCUUUCUUCCCCAUGCCCACAAGCAAAUUUGCAUUAAGCAAAUUGCUUUAUAGAGGUCUGCAGAAUGGUCUGUUUAAGUCAAGUGAGAACAGUCUGUGGUGCUAUUGUCUUGAAAGGUCUGAAGUGAUGGGCUCACUUAGAAUGAGAUUUUGAAAAGUUCUGUCUGAGUCUGAUGGCACAACUCUAACCAGCAGGUCAACCAUACCAAUAGAGAGUCAUUCAAAAAAGCCUAUAUUUGCCAUUUCCUCACAAACAAAUACAUUUUACCUAUUGUUUGACAAGAAAAAUAAUAAAAUAGUUCAAAAUUACAUGCAACAGUAUUUGCUGUGGCUGUUGCCAUGGUAAAGACCAUAAUAAAGAUCAUGGUGAAACUAAUAAAGAAUAUUCCUGGGGACAGAUGUCCAACAUCAUCCUGAUGGACUUACCCUGAAAAGGAUAUUGACUCAUGGAAAGGCAUUGGAAGCUUACAACAAUGUCAUGAUAAUAAUAAUAACAACCUUGAAUGCCAUAUUGUCUAAUUAAAGGCAGCCAAAAGCAACACAUAUAAUAGACCUCAGGGUAGAGAGGAAGUGUAUGAGAGCAAAUAAGUUAAUCAAUAACUAAAGAAAAUGCUGAAAGAUGAAAGUGAUAUAAGGAAUCAAAACAAUGCAAAGAACAAAUUCAGCAUCAAUCAAAGACUGUACUACAGAAUUGUGAGAAGCAAAGAAAUCAGAGAGAAAAGAGAACUCUUAAGAUAGAGGAUGUGGGGAAAUGCUGGUUGUCUAAUGAUGAAUAUGCAAGUUGGAUCAAGCAUGAAACAGAAAACUUGUGUACUAUAACUACAAUGGACAACAGAAAUUAUUAUGUCAAGGAAAGUGACUGAAACUCUAGCUUCUGUGCAAAGCUAGAAAGUGGUGGGGCAGAUAAGAUCAAAUUAUUGAUACAAAUGUUUCAUAGCAGCACUUGAAUUUCUAGCAAAAAAAAAAAAAAAAACAACAACAACUUUACCAGCUUCCUUUCAGACAUGAGUCUGAUCCCACCUUUCUUAAUAGAACAGAUUAUUACUUAUAUUAUCCAAAGAUGAGAACACCAACUAUUCCUCAAAAUAUAGGCCAGUUAUACAUUAGCUAUUUUAUAUAAAUGAUUGUGGUUCAUGAGAGAGAGAGAGAGAAAGAG